AGUUUACCCACACGCUGGGAGGAGGAACCAUUCCCCUCGCCGGCCGACCCACAGAAGACACAUUUGAGCUCAAUUCUCCCUCUCCUCUGCACAGCCUUUCCCUCAGAUAUGCUCAGCACAGAGCGGAUUCAACACACUACAUCAGGAACUAAACACGGACCUCGAAAAUAGCACAUCACAGGUAAUUUGAAGAUUCUGAGCGUGAGGUACAGUAGUCAGUCAUCUGGAGAGAGAACAGAGGAAAGAGGAGAAGACGGGACAGAUGGGAGAAGAGAAGACUGGCGAUGGCCUCUCCUGUGCAGCUGUUCAUGAGCUUGCCUCAUCUGGACUAGGAGCAAAAUUCAUCUGAAACUCACACGGACACACACACGCGCACACACACCACUAAAAGCAAAAACGCAUCGCUUAGCCAUGUACAGCGUGGAAGACCUUCUCAUCUCUCAUGGAUACAAAGUCCCUCAAAGGAACAGCAACAAUGUCCCUGUCUCACAUUCGUCUUCCCCCCACCCGGCAACCUAUGAGAAAUGUCUGCCGAAGCGAAGCGACAGCCGGUGUGAAAUCGCUGAGAAGCGGAAAGGACACAUCGGCGUGAACGGCUAUGAGGGGGACCAUGUUUACAGCAGCGGAGGCAUCAGACAAGCUCCUGCCGGGGGAUUCCCCGGUGACGCCGAGAACAGGGUCAGGAAGCAGAGGACACAAGACAUGGACAACGGGAACCUAGGAGAUGGACGUUUGCCAGAAGACAGCCUGACCACGGACAGUGGGUUUUUUGAGACCCACAGAGGAAUACAUUCUCAGCCUAGAUCUGAGCAGGAUGUUUCCUACUGGCGAAGAAGAGGUCAGGACUUUAGUGUGCUUUUGGAUUAUGCAGACUGCAGGGAUCCACGCGGAAGUGGACGAGGUGUUCCCAACAAACAGCAGAGACCAGAAUCUGCCUUAAGCACAGAGGAACAUAACCGUGAAAGACUACGGCGGGCAGAGAGUGCACGUGCCAGGGAGAGAGAGAUGGCUCUGCACCAGUGGAGAACUGCAGCUGAAAGGAAGUACCAAAGUUUGGGAACAGAGGAGUGGCAUCCAGUGACCAGCACGAGCCGUCAACCAUCUGAAAAUGAGGUGGCACAAGAGCAACGCAGGCCACGGACUGCAGAAGGAGCCGUUCCACACAGAACCAAAAACAAGUCCCAGUCACUGCCCAGAAUGGCUCUGCAAUCUGAAAGCCUCCAGUACGUCAGCAUACCAACUGCUGGGCAAGAAUCAUAUGGAAGCUAUAAGUUAAAUGGCCACCAUGCACGAGACCCUCAUGGACGGCAUCUUAAUGAUGGGGAGAACAGGCAGAGGUGGACUGACCGAUCAGGUGCACAGUCUGCACCACUAACAAAACCAAGAUCCAGCCGACCUCUCAGACCUCCAUCUUAUGAAGUGCACCAGCAGAUGCGUGGCAGCGCAGAGAUACUCACAGGCGAGCUUGCCCCUCGUCCCAGAGACAGAACUCCACUGCCCUUCUCAAGGCAAGAAUACAUUGUACAAGAACUCGCUGGACCUGGUGUGGACCCCCCCGGUUAUAUCCCCCCUCCAACUUACAGGAGGCAGCCUGUAGUUAACAGAGGACACAGAACUUAUCCUGUCUCGAUGGGUAACCACCAAUAUAGAUGUGACUCAUAUAUACAGGGAUCUGCAAUGACAGAAGUGCAGGAAUGGUUUAUCAGGCAGACUGGGAUGGCUUGGCCCGACCAUUACAGAGACGGAAAAAGAAGUAUGCCCUGCAGGAGACAGGCAUAUCCAGGCUACAGUGAAGAACGGAUGAGUAAUGUUCAGUACAUUCCCUUUAAUGACCCUCGUGUCAGACAAGUUUCAGGUGCAGAGAUAGAUGGAAACUCGCUGACAGAUGCAGACAAAAUCAGAAACAUCAGAAAUGAGAUUCCGAUCGAUGUCUUAUCUGAGAAGUCUAACGACGGUGCCUUUCCUCUCACAGAGAAACCCUUUGACCGCACUGAACCAAGUCAAAGCAAUAUUAGUGACUCUAUUAAUGAGGACAGUAUACAAAAGGAAGUGCUUAAGGAGACAGAAAGUUCAGCCACGUUACCUGACCAAAACUGCAACAGGCAUCCAGCUACCCAGGGAAAUAUAGUUGCUCUUCAGAUGACGAUGCAGCAGAAUUCAAACCAGGGUUUAAUUGAGACAGUGACACAAGUAAAGACAUUUGAGGCAAAGACUGUGUCUGAGAACAAGAAAAGCUCAAAGAAAAAGCUCAAAGAGACAAUGUUCUGCCUGGUUUCUGUCCCUAUUAGUAUACAAGCUAACAAAAGCGUUUCUGACCCAAAUAACAAUGAAAAAGUGACUAACUCGACAGAAAACACAGUGGUGCAGCACGACGACCAAAACCUUUUAAAAACAUCACGCAAAGAGACACAAAUACUGUCCGGCAGCUCCCCAUCUAUUAAAAAAUCCCCUCUGAGGAAAGAGAUUGUAGAUACUAGGUCACUAAAUACAAUCAAAGACAAUGAAUUGUUCUAUGCAGAAUCCUGGCCUGGAGAUCAUUACAAAAACCAGGAAACUCAGACGGGUUCUCCGGAAGUUUCCAGAAAUACCCAUCCUCUGGCAAAUGACCAUUCUUCCCCUCACGCAAUCACUUCUAAUGUAGGUGAAACCAACUGUAGUGCCAACUACGGAUAUCCCAUGAUAGGUCAAAAGGAUCUCAACCCUUCCAGGAACAGUGCAUUCUCCAGGACUAGGAAUGUGAGUAGUUCAAAUAUAAGGAGCCCGACUCUACCCCAAUCAGCAUCAAAUCCAUCAUCUCCAGACCGUCAGCCUUUGCUGAGAAAGACAAAUGAAACAGCAGAUUCGCAAGAAGUUUUUGGACAGUUCUUGCUAAAGCCAGUGAACAGACGCAAAUGGGAUGCCAUUGGGGAGCUUGAGUCUUUUAAUAAGGAGAUACAGGAUCAUACUGGGAAGCAUCCAAGUGCUGAUCAGAAUAUAGAGCAGCUGGAUGAAGCAUUGAACAGUAUUCUGGAGCUGAGUGACACAAACAGAGAAGUCAUUUACACAAGACAAGAAACCACCCCACUUCACUUGAAGAAGGACACUCACCAGCAGUCACAUAUAGUGCAGGUCACAGAGAUGCAAAUGAAAAGCAAUAACUUAAAUGUAUUGUGUGAUUCAGGGAACAGAGGACAUCCAGAAUACAAAGGAAUAAUAAGUUCCUUGUCCAAUGCAAAGGUGAACCUGGACAGCCAGAUGCAAGAGAUACCUGUCACCAAAAUGAAUAAUUAUGCCAACUUUGAGAUUAUGCAAACGGGGAAUGCUGAUUCGGCAAUACAUCGGCAGGAUAUCCCAGUGCCGAAGGAGUGCUUGCUUAAGGAUGUUGGUUUAACAGUAUACACUGCCAUUCCAGACACUGUGACCUCUGGAUCUCCUACAUGCUUGAGUCCUGAGUCGCCUAUGUUAACCAGCCCUUCAGACAACUCAGAGAUGUGUGAGACUUUGCAGAUUACGUCAUCAGACAGUAGUGGAGAUUUGAGCAGACACAGCCCAGAGUUUGCUGAAUGUACUCAAAGCUUGAACGAUAAUAAUGCCUUCAACUCCAAAGCCUUCAACAAGAAGGAAGCUAGGAGAGGAAACACAGAUGUUACUAGAUCGGGGAGGUCCUCGCGUAUCGGUGUGAUCAAGAGUCUCCAUUGUAGGUUUAAGGCUAGUUAUGAGGAUGAUGACGACAGUUUUUAUUCAGAUUAUUUAAGCUGGAGUAAUGAAAAGACCUUGGCAGAUGAACAUCUUGAGACUCUUUUGAGUCAAGAGAAGGCCAAUAGUAUGCAGACUGAAGACCUUAGUAAACUGUACCAAGUCCAGUGUGCCAAAGGCAUUCCUGAAAAUGAAUCUAUUGAACAACGGGCUGCCAGAAUACUCGGCAUUGCAGUGCCAGUUGAAGCCUUGGUUGUUGACCAAGUUGAUGACAAACCGGUGGAAAGAAAUCUGAAAACCACAGUUGCUGCAGAAUUGGCAAUACAAACCAAAGAGAUGAGCUCAAAUGAGGAGAAACGGAAUGUAAGUAGAGAGUGUGAGGAAGUGCCAGAUAGGUCUAUGGAAAGUCAUGGAGAUAUGUCAGAGGCAGUGCUUGGAGGGGAUCCAGAGUCUGGAGAAGAUUUACCUAGUGCUGAAAAGAACAGUCAGAGAGUCUCCUCAGUGCUGGAGCUGCCAGAGUUUCCUCCAAGUAACUUAUGUUUGUCGCUUCCACUGACCGAGGAUGAGAAACUGACUCUUAGUGUAGGUGGGGGAGACAGGAAGGAGACAGUUAAUGCUGAUAUAAUAGAAGUGCCACAGAACCACCUCCAGGCAUUUUGCCCAUCUCCUAUGUCGCCCUCAUUCACAAAUGAUCAACCAUCCAUGGAGUACACCAUCCACGCAAAGGAAGAAAGCUCUCAGUCAUUAGUGAGAACUAUCACCAGGAUCACCUUGGCCAAAGAGACAGACUUUGAAGAAAAGGGAGGAAAACUAAAAGAAUCAGUAAUAGAGGAUGAAAUGCUAGUGGAAGAGCACCAAUACAGUGAGAAUGCAGUCAAAGAAAACAAAUCAGGUAAAGAGGAUGAAAAGCUAGAGGAAGAGAACCAGUACAGUGAGAAUGCAGUCAAAGAAAACAAAUCAGGUAAAGAGGAUGAAAAGCUAGAGGAAGAGAACCAGUACAGUGAGAAUGCAGUCAAAGAAAACAAAUCAGGUAAAGAGGAUGAAAAGCUAGAGGAAGAGAACCAGUACAGUGAGAAUGCAGUCAAAGAAAACAAAUCAGUUAAAGAGGAUGAAACACUAGAGGAAGAGAACCAGUACAGUGAGAAUGCAGUCAGAGAAAACAAAGACAUGAGCAGUUAUAUGCAAGAAGAGGAUGAGCAAAAGGCUCAGGAGGAAGUUUCAGCUGAAGAGGUGAUACUAGGAAGAUCAAGGCAGCCACCAAAGUCAACAGCACGUCCAAUCCCACAACCACGCAGUGGCAUGGUAACAAAGAGAGAGAUCACUCUGCCACAAGGAUUUAACAUGGAUAAUACAAUGGCUGCAGUUGAGGAUGAUGACAGGCUGUUUAUUUCAGAUGUAUAUGACCCCAGUCGCGUGGAGAGAGUCUGAUCUUGGACACUGUCAAAGCAAACUCUGGGACCUUACUGCAAUACAUAAUGUAAACAAACACAGAAGAUCAUAAGCAGGAAGAUGGACUUCAUGCCACAUAUUAAGAAUCAUUUUAAAAACUUCUAUGGCCUGUUGAUGGAUGAGGUAGCUAAGUUGUUUAUAAAUGAGAUAUGAAUGUAUAAUGUAUAUCAAGUAAAGCUCAGACAUUACAGAAAUAGCUACAAUCAGUCUGUAUAGACUUAAUAAUUUUCUCUGCACCAGCAAAUGCUGGAGUUCUGUUGGACUUUCUCAGAACACAGUGGCAUUGUGCCAACAGCGACAAGAAAGAAACAAAAGCUUGCACUUCUCAUUUUCUGCAGGAUUACCAAUGAGAGAAAGGAAGAGGCCUUGAUGUAUUAAAGCAAUGAAUUGGACUGGUGAGGUAGCAGCUGAAUCAGUGACAUAACACUGUGCUUUUAAUCACAAAGAAAUAUUUUUGUAAGAAAUGUUAAAAGGAAAGCAUUAUUAUCAGUUUUUGAGGUGGGAGAAACCAUUUAUUUCAUUGUGGUAGAACUGCAAUACAAAAUGAAUUUUUUUUUUUUUUAUUUUAUAUAUUUUGCAGUGGAAUAUAGGCUGCUUUUACCCAAAUGAUGCAGUUAAGAAGAAAACUAAACUGGGGCAAAGAUUUAAGAAUAUUUUGUGUGAAAAACUCUUCAGCAACUUUAAUCUUAAGUGCAGUGACUUCAGUAGUCAGUUUCCAUAGUUAUUGCUUUAAAAUGACUCCCUUCAUUCAUUCAUUUUUUUAAAUACAUGUGCAUAAAUAUCUCAUAUGCAGUUUGAGCUUUUCAGAGUAGCAAUCAGAUCAUGUCAUCUCAUCACAAAAUGCAAUCAAAAAAGACAAAUCUAUUUAUUUUUAUCAAGCUAUCAACAAUCUGUACAGAUUAAAAUAUAUUCAAAGAAGUGUUAUUUUACUUUAUUUGCUUGCUUACAAUCAUUUUGGAUAUAUCAUAUCUGAAUAUGUAUAUUAUCCUGUAUUAAUCUUACAAUGAAUGAUUCUUUUAUUGUGCCGUGUGGUGUGCUUUUUGUUGCACAAAUGUCAGAAAGUGUUACAUGUGUUUCUUCAUGCACAUACAAAGUAUUCUGCAUCUUAAGUCCAUAUCAGUUCUGAAAACUUACUCAUAUUGUGAGUAUAUCUACCGGAUGAAGUGCUUAUUAACUAAUUUACCCUCAUAAUUGCUUAGUUACAUUCUGUCAUAACACAACAUGCAAAGUUGAGGUGGACACAGUUCCUCAAUUUUAUUUAUAUCCAUAAGAUCCGAGUAGUGCAGUCCAGAGUGCACUAAAAUUAAUUUAGUAAUUAGCACAUUCAAAAACUGGAAAUAGUGGCUAAAAACUCCAGAAGACUCAUUGCUUCCAUUUGCUCAGAUUAUAGUUAUCGUUAUGGAUAAAGAGUGCAAUACUAUAAUGUUAUAGUAAUAUUAUCAUAAAUAUUUUCCAGUGUUUUUUUUUUAAUAAUAAACUGAAUGAAAUCAGAUAGAUGUUCUAUAGUCAGUGGAUGGUUUGAAAAAAAUAUAUAGUAUAGACGUAGCAUUCAUCACACUGAUUUUUUGUAAGUUAGAGUCAUGUAAUUGCUGUAAGUAGUCCUUGAUUGUUUCUACCAUUUUGUACAAUUUAGUUUUUCAAAAAUGGAUGAUUAUAUUGUUGCAUAUAACGUAUAUGGCAUUUAAAAUCUUUUUCUAUUUUCUUACAGAAACUGUACAUGAUUAUUUUGUAUUGGGUUGGAAUUUUUUUGCCUUCUCUGCAUGAUAUAAGAGAUGUAAACUGGGGUCGUGAAAAUGUUUUUCUGCAUUUGGUACUACAUUAAAAAUGUAUUCAUCAUAUUACAUUGUGCACAUUUGUAUCCUGAUAAAAACAAUAUUUAAAAUCAAAA